AACAGAAACGCUACGACUUGUCACGUUCUGUGUAGCUCCGGCCCAUAUUUGGAGAUAGUGUGAAAUUAGGGUUAGGGAUUUUCAGAUCUGAGAACAACCAAAUUUCUCCAUCAGUUAGGGUUUUAGAAUUAGGGUAAUUUUGUGCUGCCAAUGCAAUUUGAAUUGAAAUCAGGAAUUUUUUUUGGUUAUUUUUGGGACACAUGAAAAGCUAAAUUGUGAGGCACAUCAAUGUCUUGGGCAAGUCCAGAAGAUAUCUAUCUCUCUACUUCUCUUGCUAGCUAUCUUGAUAAGAAACUUCUCGUGUUGCUGCGAGAUGGCCGGAAGCUUUUGGGGACACUUCGUUCUUUUGACCAAUUUGCUAAUGCUGUUCUAGAAGGUGCAUGUGAGCGUGUUAUUGUUGGUGAAAUCUACUGUGAUAUUCCGUUAGGUCUUUAUAUUAUAAGAGGGGAAAAUGUCGUGUUAAUUGGCGAGUUGGAUGUAGAUAAGGAGGAACUUCCACCCCACAUGACUCGUGUCCCAGAAGCUGAGAUAAGAAGGGCCCAAAAAGCAGAAAGGGAGGCUACAGAUCUUAAAGGUACAAUGAGAAAGAGGAUGGAAUUCCUUGAUAUGGAUUGAAGUUUCUUGCUCAUAUCAGGUUCAGCUUGGAAUCAUGCCAUGCCUUCCGCCAAUAUUAUCAUGGUUGCUUGGUGUUGGCAAAGAGUAACUACGACUCCGUUUCUCUUUUCUCACUGGGGCUGUACCCUGUAUUUGUAAAUGUUCAUUGUAAACACCUACAGUACAUGAUUGCUGCUGGGGUGGGAAUAGAGUUGCUAUUGCUAUUAUCUUCUUGUGUUUCCUCUGUUAGAUGUUUCAAGUAUGGUUGGUCCGCUCAUCUUUCUGGUAGUACAGGUACUUGACCUGUUGAUGGAAUGGAGAAUGCUAGACUACGAACGAUGGUAAAAGUGAUCUAAGGUUCUUCCAUUGUUCUAUGGAAGAAUAUAAACUCCUGUGGUAAAUUGUGUAGACUGAAAUCUGGAUUCUGCAUUUUAUCCCGUUGAAAAGACAGUUUAUGUUGCUUAAA